AUUAGAGAUAAUAUCCUAUAUAUAUAUUGUUUUCAAAGUAAAUAAAUUGAAAUGCAAAAAACUUUCAAAUUGGAGCUGAUAUUAUGAUAAUUGUUCAAAAAAAAUUGUUAAUCAUUGUUGUUGUUGGAUACUGAGCGUACUUGAAAAGCUAUCAGCUGUUAAUUACUACCAACACCAAGUUAACCGAACAGGCCUACAGCUGCAACCCGUCAAGCAAGUGAACAAACAAUUACAAUAGCAAAAGCUACGUGUCCGCUGGCUUAAACUAACGGUAUAUAUUCGUACGCUUUUCUUUCUUCUAUUUCCUUUUCUUGUUUUCCUACUGUUACUCGGAAAAGAAAAGAAAAGAAAAAGAAACCCAGAAUCAUCUACGGCUCGUAAUCUAACUUCCUCCUCCGUUUUCUCCAAAUUCGCGCCUUACCGUCAAAAAACGACUUGCUCUUCCUUUUCUAUUUAUUAAGUGCUUUUGAUUCUUGAAUUCAAAUUCACAAUGCCGCCAUUCAUGUCUACCACGAAGGCCCUCCGGUUUUUAACUACCAAUAAAAAUGUUGCCAAAGGCUUAAUUAGGUCGCCGAAAAACCCUACUUCUAAGUAUAAUCAUCAGAUUCGAUGUUAUGAUAGCAUUAUGGGCAUGUCAACCCCAACGGUCCGUGAAUUGAUUGAUAAUUAUAAUAAUAAUAAUGAUAAUAAUAGCUGUACAAUAGGAAGGUUGUACAAUAAUAACAGUCAAAAGAGACAGUUUCUUGGUUGCGGAGAUGGAGAAGAAGGUGGUGUUUUAUCCAAAGUUUAUGAAGAGAGACGUGUUUUAGGGUAUUCGCCAGAGCAGUUAUUUGAUGUGGUUGCAGCUGUUGAUUUGUAUCAUGGAUUUGUACCUUGGUGUCAACGAUCUGAUAUAAUCAGACACCAUCCUGAUGGAUCAUUUGAUGCUGAGUUGGAGAUUGGUUUCAAAUUUCUUGUUGAGAGUUAUAUUUCUCAUGUAGAAUUGAAAAGACCUAAAUCAAUUAAGACAACAGUGUCGGAUAGCACCCUCUUUGACCAUUUGAUAAACAUUUGGGAAUUCAACCCGGGACCAGUUCCAGGAACUUGUGACCUUUAUUUUUUGGUAGAUUUUAAGUUCCAGUCACCACUUUACAGACAGGUGGCAUCCGUGUUUUUCAAGGAAGUGGUCUCACGAUUGGUUGGUUCAUUCAGUGAACGCUGCCGACUGGUAUAUGGACCGGGAGUCUCAGUCCUUGAGAACUCGUACUGACAUAAGGCUUAGAUUCUUGAUAUUACACAAGUGCAUAAUGAAACAGAGUGUACCUUGAAAACCACAGCGGAUCAAAUGAAGAGUCUCAUAAUUCAAGGCUUUUGUUUCUCAGCUCGUCGAUGUUUAUACUGAUUAUAAUUCAAGGCUUUAAUGUUUCCUUGCUUGCUAAGAAGGAAGGCACAUUGCACGAUAGGCAUUCUUUUCAUAUUGGUGAAGUCCAUUAGUUGAGCAUUCUAGUUAAUUUGAUUACAAGUGCAUACACUGUUUAUGAUUGGAUUAUUGUUUACUGUGCUCUCUAGAUGAAAGAUUAGAAAUGCUGCAGAA